GUCGGGCGGCUUGGCAGAUUAAAUGUCGUCAGAGCGGCGAUGCUGAUUAAUCAAAUCCACGCCAAGUACCGUAAAUCCUAACAGGUAAACCGCCUCGGGGACUGCGCAGGAGCCCCCCCACCCCCGGCGGUAACUGAGUCGAUUUGUGCUCGGAGCCCCGUGAUGUGGUUUGGUGCGUGUGUGUGUGGGGGAGGAUAGCAGCAGCAAGCAAGCAGCAGCAGCCAGCAGCAGCAGCUACCAGCCAGCCAAGGCAGCCAGAUAAACAGUCAGCAUUGGUUUUGCAGAGAAGCAGGAGUAACAUGGCGGCACGGUUAGCCAGCAGAAAUGUUGUUUCACUACCGCGAAGGUCAGAGCUGGCCGGGAUGAACGGGAUUUAACGGCGAGGACUCGGCGGAAAGUUUAAAAAAAAAACCAGGGAGAAGUGGACGAUGUGUAAAGGUUUCCAGGCAUUAUCGUCUUGCAGCAAUGGCCUGAGGGACUCUCUGGACUAAGACCAAGACGCUGAUAUGCAUUGAUGAUGAGUGGAGUCGGGGAAAACUCGUCUGACCCUGCGAGGGCAGAAGCACGAAAACGCAAAGAAUGCCCUGCCGAACUCAUAGGACCCAGUCCCAAGCGGAGCAACGAGAAGCGCAACCGCGAGCACGAGAACAAAUACAUCGAGGAGCUCGCCGAGCUGAUCUUCGCCAACUUCAACGACAUCGACAACUUCAACGUCAAACCUGACAAAUGUGCAAUCCUGAAGGAAACUGUGAAACAGAUCCGGCAAAUAAAGGAGCAAGAAAAGGCUGCGGCAGCAAACGAGGAGGAGGUGCAGAAGGCUGAUGUCUCAUCAACAGGCCAAAGUGUGAUUGACAAAGAUGCCUUGGGACCAAUGAUGCUGGAGGCCCUUGACGGCUUCUUCUUCGUGGUGAACAUGGAGGGCAACAUCGUGUUUGUCUCUGAGAACGUGACCCAGUACCUGCGGUACAACCAGGAGGAGCUGAUGAACACCAGCGUGUACAGCGUGCUGCACGUCGGAGAUCACGCCGAGUUCAUCAAGAACCUGCUGCCUAAAUCCCUCGUCAACGGCGUCCCGUGGUCCAGCGAGGGUCCGAGGAGGAACAGCCACACGUUCAACUGCCGGAUGCUGGUGAACCUGCACAGCGAGAACCAGGACGAUUCGCACGAGCACGAGCCCCAGCAGCAGAAAUACGAGACCAUGCAGUGUUUUGCAGUGUCAGAACCCAAGUCCAUCAAGGAGGAAGGAGACGACUUCCAGUCGUGCCUGAUCUGCGUGGCUCGGAGGGUGCCCACCAAGGAGAGGCCCAUGCUUCCCACGCACGAGAGCUUCACUACUCGACAGGACCUGCAAGGCAAAAUUACGUCCCUGGACACGAGUUUACUGCGAGCGUCCAUGAAGCCGGGCUGGGAGGAUCUGGUAAGGCGCUGCAUCCAGAGGUUCCAUCUACAGAACGAUGGGGAGAUAUCUUUCGCCAAGAGACACCAGCAAGAAGUUCUCCGCCAUGGUCAAGCGUUCAGUCCCAUCUACCGGUUCUCCCUGUCUGAUGGCACCAUAGUUUCUGCCCACACCAAGAGCAAGCUGCUGCGCUCGCCUGCCACCAACGAACCCCAGCUCUACAUGUCCCUGCACCUCCUGCAGAGGGAGCAGCCAGUGUGUGGGAUGGGUCACGACAUGGGCAGUCAGGAAACGGGGAUGGCCCCCAAACCCAUGAACCCCUCCACCCCCUCUAUGACCCCACCGACCCCAGGCAGUUUGCCCAGCUCAGGGCUUCAGGGCCAAGACACUACGAUCAGCAGCAACAGCACGCCUUUCUCCCCUCCGGGCCCGGCCGGACCCAGGGAACCGGCGGCCAUGGGCUGCCACAUGCAGAGCUACCGCUUCGGCUGUCCACCUCCACACCCUAACUACACUGGAGGCAUGCAGCCACCGCAGCAGGGCCCCAACUGGAGGAUGAACAGCCCCUCUCGGGCCAGCCCCAGCCCGGCCGGGGGUCCCCAUCCGCCUCAACAGAACUCUAUGCUGUCCCCCCGCCACCGGGGCAGUCCGGGGGGCGCGGGCAGCCCCCGUGUAGCCGGGGGCCUGCAGUCGCCCUCCCCCGUCGGCAUGUGUGGCAGCGGCCCCGGAAGCGCGGGUGGCAGCACAGGUAGCAGCCUUUCUAACAGCUACACUAGCAGCUCUCUGUCCGCUCUGCAGGCCCUCAGCGAGUGCCACGGCGUGGGGCACGGACACGGGCCCUCUCAUGCACACACCCUGGGCUCCCCCGACCGGAAGAUGGGCUCCCCAGCUGGGAUCACGCCCGGGUCGGGGGUAAACCCUCACAUGAUGUCAAAGCUCGGAGGAAGCUCGAUUACCGCCGGCGGAGCAGGAGACUUCGGACCUCACUCGGAGGUGAAUCAGGGACACGGCCAGGCCGAGAGCAACCAAGCUGAGCCCAAGGAGGAGAAGGAGGGUUCCCUCGAAGGCCACGACGCUCACAGCCGCAUGCACGACAACAAGGGGAACACGAAGUUACUGCAGCUGCUCACCACCAAGCCAGAACCCCUGGAGACGCCUCUGUCCCCGGGGGCCGGAGGGGAGGGAAAGGACCAGGCCGGCUCUGCAGCUCGAGGCGGCCACGCCGUCGGGAGCACCCACGCCACCUCCCUGAAAGAAAAACACAAAAUCCUCCACCAACUGCUUCAGAACAGUACAUCCCCUGUAGAUCUCGCCAAGCUCACUGCUGAGGCUACAGGCAAAGAGCUGGGCCAGGACCAAUCACAGGGUGCCGGAGGCACGGCGUCUGGGGCAGACAUCACUCCCAAGCAGGAGCCGCUGAGCCCCAAGAAGAAGGACAAUGCACUGCUGCGCUAUCUACUGGAUAAGGACGACACUGUAAUGAAGGACAAGGUCUCUAAGCUGGAGCCUGGAGAGGUGAAGGUCAAGGACCCCACCCAGGUCAAGGUGGAGAAGCCGGACGCAGGAUACGAUCGUGCCGAGCAGCCGUCGGAGCUGGACGACAUCCUGAACGACCUGCAGAAUGCUCAGCCGCAGCUCUUCUGCGAGCAGCGGCCGGUGUCGUUGCCCAGUCCCAUGGACAAGCAGAACAUCUUCAACGACAUCCUGCAGAUCUCCGAGAACAACCCGGCCAUGUCGGCACAGCAGCAGCCAAGAGGCCUCGGACCCGGCAUGGGUCAGACUAACUUCGGCGCCGUCCGACCGGGGCAGCCAGGCAGGGGUUUGCCAGUGAGGAGCGUCUCUCUGGACAUGAAUGUGCCCACGCAGCAGCCAUCUUUGCAGUACCCUAUCCGGGCCAGCAGCCCGUACACUCUAAUGCAGCAGCAGCACGGCAUGAUGCUCAACCAGACCGGCAUGGGCAACGCAGGGCUGAUGGCUCCAGGAGGUCCACGGCCCGGCAUGCAGCAGCAGCAGCAGCAGCAGGAGGGCUGGACCGCUUCAGCCUCUGCUCCUCCCAUUGGAGCGCCUGCACCAGGACAACAGGGCGCCAUACAGGGCAGGAUGGUGCCCGGCACUGCUCCCAUGAGGCCCAACAGCCAGCCAGGACCCCGGCCGAUGCUCCAGUCUCCGAUAAUGGCCAACGCCCAAGCUGAUAUGGACAUCGGUAUGGUCGGCCACCAUUUCUCCCAGCAGCAGGCUCCGCCCAACCAGACAGCCCCUUGGCCGGACAGCAUAAUGCAAAUCGAUCCGACAGCUUUUGUAAACCAGAACCGGCCGGCGCAGCAAGACGACCUCUGCAACCCGAGUCUUGGCGCCGAUAGUGGCGCCGUGGACGAGGGGGCUUUGAUGUCCCAGCUGUACACGGCGCUAAAAGACUUUGACGGUCUAGAAGAGAUCGAUCGAGCGCUCGGCAUCCCCGCCCUGGUAGAACAGGCGAGUGUUUCUAACACACAGCGCCUUGCAAGGAGUCAGUCACUAGAACCGGACCAGUUCCCCCAGGACCCCGCCAUCAUGCUGGACCAGAAGCCACCCAUGUACGCGCAGCAGUUCGCCCCCCCGGCCUCCCACAUGGUGCCGAGGGGCUUCCCCGGCCCUCCCAUGCAGGAGCCCGGCUUCCACCCGAUGGCCGGCCAGAUGGGCCCGCGGCCGGGCUACCCCAUGAUGAGGAUGCCGCCGCGGGCCGGACUCAGGCCGGGCGUGGUCGCCCCGAACCAGCCCAACGCUCUACGGCUGCAGCUCCAGCACCGGCUUCAGUCCCAGCAGCAGAAAAGUCAGCCAAUGAUGACCCAGAUGAGUGGCGUCUCAAAUGUGAACCUACCUCUAAGAUCCAAUGCUUCGAACCAGGGAAACAUCAACGCUCACAUGUUGGCUCAGCGUCAGCGGGAGAUGCUCACUAAUCACCUGAGGCAGCGGCAGCAGCAGCAGCAGCAGCAGCAGCAGCAGCAGCAUGUUCAACAGGCCCAGCAGGUUCAGCAGCGGAGCAUAGCCAUGAGGGCCCAGGGCCUCAACCUGCCUCCUAACAUGGCCGGAGGCAUGAGCAACCCCAGGAACCCCCAGGCCGCCCCCCAGCAGUUCCCCUACCCGCCCAGCUACGGUACCAGUACAGGCCUGGCCUCGUCACCUCCCCCCACCAGCCCCUUCUCCUCCCCUCUCUCCCCCAGCCUCCCCUCUCUGCCCCCCAACCCUCAGCUCCACCUGCAUGGUACCUCCUCUUCCUCCACCUCCUCCUCCUCCUCCUCACAGAUGAUGAUGGGAAACACAAACAUGAUGGGCGGACAGUAUGGGGCCGUACUCAGCCCCCAAAUGCAGCACAGUGCCUUUCAGUUUCCCAACUCAGGUAUGAGCCAACAGGCAGACGGGAGUUUUGCAGGCGCCAGCACGCCACAGAGCCCCCUGCUUUCUCCACGCAUGGCGCACACACAGUCCCCCAUGAUGCAACAGGGCCAACCAAACGCCGCUUUCCAGGGUUCCCCUGACAUAAAUGGAUGGCCACAGGGUAACAUUGGAGGCAACAGUAUGUUCUCACAGCAGCAGCAGCAACAGCAGGCGUCGCCGCAGUUCACCCAGCAGAACAGCAGCAACAUGUACAACGGGAACAGCAUGGGCCUCAACAGCGUCUCCAUGACCACCAACAUGGCGACCAGCAGCAUGGGCCAGAUGAGCGGCCAGAUGAGCGUCACAUCCAUGCCGUCGGGGUCCUCGCCCGGCUUGCCCUCCAUGGGGCAGGAACAGAAGUACUGUUGACCCCCACGAAGCUUCUUAAACUCGAACCUCAGCGAUCAGCUGGUGCAGGGAGCGCGUCGGCCCUUUAAGAAUCAAAAAACACAAACUGGUAACUAACUGGCUGCCCCUCGGACCAGCCGGGCCAUAUCCUGAGCCCCCCCCACCCCCACCUAUUGACCCGUCGGGGGCCCGGACUGACACAGGAGUGAGCAGAAGGCCAGCCUACCUGCCCGUCCAGCUGCAUUCACCGUAGUGUGACUUACUGUAGGGCCCUCCUGGUGGGAGACACUGACUUCAGGGAGCAGAGGGGGCAUCAGUGGGUGUGAUGAAUGUAUUCCUCUCAGCGGACAGCGGCCAUCUACAAUCUCAUCUCAGAGAAGAACCGAGUCGUUCUCUCUCUCUCUCUCCACUCAUUUGGGACGUUUUUCCUCAUGGGUUCCAAACGGCAGCAGAGACUCCCGGGUCACGGUCACAAGUACAAAGAGGAGCUCAGUCUGGGUUUUUAUUGCCUUGUUGCUGUUUGCUGUAUUUUUAUUUUUAAUUAUUGUUGAUUUUAUUUCUUGUUAAUGAGAAUUAAUAUGUAGAUGAAAGACACGGUGAACAAAACUGAUCUCGAUAAACACUGCAGAAGAUUGAUUUGAGUGGAAUUCUAUUAUUAGAAUAAUUUAGUCAAGAGGUUUAUAUAGUGUAUUAAAUUAAGUUUUAUUUUUCUGUAUAGAUUCAUUUUAAUUAUUGUAGAUGAUUCUUUAUCCUCGUAGCAAGAAGAUUCUUAAAAGUGUGAAAGAGGCACUUUUAAUCGUUGUUAACAGUAAUGGUCAAGAAGAUUCUUCUAAUCGCCUGAAUUAUGGAUUAUAAUCUUGGUCCAGGUGUUUCAAAAGAUGUCAAAAUCAAAUAUGGUUUAAAAAAAAAUGUAUUGUACAUACCGAUGAGUAAAGAACCUUUUUCUUUCCUAUUUAUUUUAUUCCCUACUGGUCACUACUGUCUCUCUUAAAGCAGAGCAGAUAUAUUUGCUUUUUUUUUUUUUUUUUUUUUUUUUUCCCUUGUUGUUGUUCUCUAAAAUCUUGAUGUUCUGGUACGACUCGGACAGGUGGUGCAGGUUGGUGGUUAGGGGGUGUGCUGUGUAUACAGUGUACAGAUUACGGCUUGCUUCUCUGCCUUUUAGCAUAGAACACAAAAAAAAGUGUAAAAAAAAAAAAAGAAAUCCUCACAGCCAUACAUUAACUCAAAACUAUAUUAAAAAAGUGUGCUUUCUUUGUCGUCUGGAGUGAAAACUGCUUCGUACAAGCUGCUAGGUGCAAACUGUUCGGGUGUGAUGUAAACAAGCAAUAACUACUUGAGAAUCCUUUUCUGUUUCUUUGUUUUGUAAUUUUUGUACAGUUUCCUGAAUUGAAAGAGGAAAAAAAAAAAAAGAGAGACACGUUUUUGCUCUGCGUUUGGAUGCAGUAUUAAACACGGUUUUCUAUUGCAGUUUGUACCAAGAAAAAAAAAAAAGUCUACAUCCACACACAGCGUUCUUGAUAAAUUAUGCAGCCAUCUGAGAGGGGUGGGGGUGCCUGAAGAGGGGAGGUAGCUUACACCCCCCCCCCCCCCCCCCCUCGUGAUCAAAACUAGCCCUCUCUUCCUCCAGCCUUCUAUCGCAGAGGUCAGAGUUAAGACUACACCUGCUCUGACAGACACUUAGCCAUAUUUUAUGACCUCAGGCAAUUCAAGGAUAAAAGCGUUCGCUGAUGACGUGCAGAUCUAUUUCCCCAAAAGGGACUCGAGAUCCAAAGCAAGUCAUCCUCUCUAACCUCAAAAAGAAAAAAAAAAAAGCUUUUAUAUUAACUAUUUUACCCAGGAAAAUCUUUGAUCAAGCCAAAUGAUUCUUCACAUUUCAAUUGGAUUUCUUUCACUUCUUGGUUAGCAGGCCCACACAGGGGAAAAAAAAAAAAAGUCUGAAGAUGUCAAUGAGCAGGGUCUACAUGAUAAAAACAGAUUCACUCUGAAUGUAUCCUCAUUAAAGGCCUACUGUUCUUUCUUUCCUAACAUGUUGCGGUCACGCCAUGCUCUUUUCCCGCUUUUCUUUUUUGCUUUGCUUUUCGUUUUGAGAUGAAAUUCGAAGGUGUGGAAGAAGGCUGCGCGCACACUUUGCUUGCCCUGCAGGAGUUUUGCCAAGGGUCUAUGGGAGACCAUGUUUCACCCCCCCCCCCCCCCCCCCCCCUCCCCUAUAAAUGUUUUUUUGAUUGUAAAAUCCACCCAUACAGAAUAAAGCCUUUAGAGCCAUUUCUCAAAUUGGCCUUUAGAAGGAUUCAGAGCCCUUUGCAAAUUCCCAAAGAUUUUCAGCAUUUUGAAAAAAACAAAACAAAAAAAAACAACAACUUAAAGCCAUGUGGUAGCAGUGCAUUUUUUAAAAAAAGAAUUUCUAACGACAGGUGCAGAGGAAGUGCACGUAUUCAGACUUUGGACCCACUUAACUAUACACUAUAUUUUCUUCUCGUUAACGUUUGCUUUUGCAGAACUUUAAAUGCCCUUUUUGUAUCGUCUGCUGGUUUCUUAGAGCUAAGAUGCAAACCUUUGAAAUGCUAAACACCCUAGCAUAUUGCCUUAGAUUUUGUCCUGUUCUUGUAAGUUCCACUGCUGUCUGUAUAAAUUUGUAUAAAUGACUGGUUGUACAGUAUUGAAUGGGUGCACCACUAUUCACCUCUUCUCCGCUGCUGAAGACUCCCAAGUGUACUCUCCUCUCCUCCCCUCACAACCACAAUCAUUGCUCUUCUAUGUUGGGAUGGGUCCACCCUCUCCUCACUGUUGUAUGGAAAAGAUGAUGCACACAGAUAACAGAAGCAAUAUGUAUUAUACUGGACUCUUCUGAAGAAAGAUCACCGGGGUUUUGUUUUGUUUUUUCGUUCUGCGUUGUCCACAGGAGUCGCACUGUAUACCUGUAUCCAUCUGACCUUUGUUACCCCCCUCGGAUGUGUGUGAGCACGCGCGCGUGUGUAAGUGUGAGUGAGCGUUUUAUGCAAAAUUAGAUAUAUAAGAGAAGGUAAAACCACAGUUAUGCAAAUUGUGAACUAAUAUGGCUUCGCUGAUGCUAUUUGCCUUGUAAAUAAAGAGUUCUGUUAAUGCAUAA